AUGAUCAUCCGCCUCGGUCUCUCCGGCUGGUCUGUUUGGAUCGUCUACGUACUCGUCGGCAUAAUGCAACUAACCCUCAUCAUCACCGCAAUCAUCUACAUGAUCCGCGAUAACCGCAAAGCUCGCCGUGCAGACGCUACUUCUGCAACUGCUUCCGCCACCAGAAGAGAUGUCUCUGAGUCUCCUAGUACGAGAGCGUUGAGACCCCAAUUGCAGGCUUGGAGUAGCUUUGCUGCUGCUGCGAAUGCAGAUGACGGUGAUGAGAGGACGCCGUUGUUGGCGGCUAGGAAUAAGCAUGUUGAGGAAACUGCUAGUCCGAGACGUGUAAUCUAG